UCUUCCUUGUAUUGCAUGAAAAGUGAACUACCUUACCAUCUCUUCAAAAAUGUUUAUGAUGCACUAAUCCUACAUUAUCCAAGUGACAAGAUAUUUGAAUUUUUUUAUAUAUAGGUGAUUAUGAGUUCGAUUUCUAACUUUUUUUUAUCUUUAUCCUACAUAUCUUUAAAUGGAAAUUAGUCGUUGUUAAACUGUAUUAUAAACUUCGCAUCAAUGUCUAAAAAAAAUGUUUAUGAUGCGUGUUCAAAUGCAUAAAAUCACUUUCCAUUAAUUAUCAAAAAAUAAAAUUACAUCCCCUUAUCUUUUCCGUUACACAAUUAAUCUCUUUUUUUUUUUACAAACUUUACAUUUAAAAUGCAUUUUCCUUAUGAUUCUUCAACUUUUUCACUUCAAUUCCAAUUUCCAAUUCAAUCGAGUGAAUCUCAAUCCACGUGUCGCAUUCCCGUGUCAUUUCCCUUUACGAUUCCUUCAAUAUAGACCCUCCGAUCGAUUCUCCCUCGUUAACCGUUUUCUAUGCCGCGAAUUUUCUCUCAGAAUCAUAACUAACCGUUUUCUUUCAAACAUUUUCCACUCUCUUUCAGAUCCAUUUUCUCUCCAAUGGAAAACGCAAGAUUAUCGUUUCUUUCUAUUUUCUUACUCACUCUUUCACUUCAUGUAACCGCCGAUUUACCGCCAUCUCCAUCUCCUUCGUCAUCGCCAUCGCCACCGCCACAGUCACCAUCAUCGGCUACCACUCCAUCUCCGUCGUCAUUGCCAUCGCCAUCGCCACAGUCACCUUCACCGUCACCGGCUACCACUCCAUCUCCAUACAAUCCUCCAGCCAGUUCGCCUGUAGUUUCAUUUCCACCACCACCGUCUCCUCCGACUCCGAUCACUUCAAAUUCAUCUCCGGCUCCUUCGCCGGAAGAUUCUAAUUCAAUAAACCACAUCGGCGUUGAUGAUGGAACAGAUGAUUCAUCCGGAGAAGGAAUGAGCGGAAGCAAGAAAGCAGGGAUAGCGAUCGGAAUAAUCGUGGCGGCGAGUGUUCUUAUGUUGGCCGGAAUGGUGUACAAGAAACGGAAGCAGAAUAUACGGAGAAAUCAGUAUAAUUACGCCUUAGGAAGAGAUAUUGUUCUGUAGGAAGAAGAAUACUCGUAGUCGUAGCUGUAUUCGUAUUUGUAUACGAAUACGUAGUUUCAUUUGUAUCGAGACUUUUAUGGUGUUGUCUUUAAAAAUUGUCUCAAUGGCUUUCUGGUGUCGUGAAAGAAUGGUCCUCCAAUCGAAGUUAAGGGGCUAAAGAGGU